AUGAUUCUUUUCCUAAUUUUCUUGGUUUUCUUUUUCAACCUACAAGGCCCAAGAUUUGCAUCUAGCCAGGAGGACGAAUGCCAGCCCGCAAGCUGCCACCCGUCGGGCCCGAUCAUCCGCUUUCCCUUCCGUUUGAUCGGCCGCCAUCCCGCCCGCUGCGGCUACCCAGGCUUUGACCUGUCCUGCAACCCCACCUCCAAUUCCCCCACAAACAGCACCGAAUUCGUGUUCCAGUUCCCGGUUCGGGCCUCGGCCCGCCACAUUGUCCUCCCGAUUGCAGCCAGAGCCACUGUCCAAGAAAUCGACUACAGAUCGCAAGUGAUCCGGGUAAGCGUCCUGAACGGGUCGUGCCUCCCGGCUCGGGUCCCCCAAGUCAACUCCACUCCCUCCCCUUUCGAGAUGCACUAUAGGUACUACCGGCCGAACGAUGGGUACACACUUUUCAAUUGCUCGGGCGGGGCCGAACCCACUUACCGGUCGGGCCCUAUCAAUUGCCUCGGUCACGGAGGCUACCGCGUAUUUGCGUACCAGUCGUAUUAUUCGGUCACGGAUUGGCCGCUGUCCAUGUGCGUGAAGAUGUACAACAUUUCAUAUAUAUCGGACGUGAUUUUUGUGGGGCCGAACGAAUUCCCGGGUGACGACACGCAGCUGCAUUGGUCCGAUCCGUCUUGUGGGGACUGUGAGGCGAUGGGGAGGUUUUGUAGGCUGAGGAGAAAUGGUGCAAAUAACGAAACCGAAUGUUAUGAGAUACCGAGGGAACCUCAUGAGCAGAGGAGACAAGGUCUCUCAAGAAACAUCACAAUCACGAUUGUACUCGUCAGCAUUUUCGUGACAGCCGUAGCGUCAUCUGCUGCGUUCUAUGUUCUCAACAAGAAACACAAAGAAAGAAAGCAGCAAAGGAGGAUCGAGCGAUUCCUAGAUGACUACAAGGCCCUCCGGCCGAUGAGGUACACCUACUCAGACAUCAAACGCAUAACCGACGGGUUUCGGCACAAGCUCGGGCAGGGCGGAUAUGGCACAGUUUUCAAGGGACAGCUGUCGUCCGACAUCCCAAUCGCCGUCAAAAUCCUCAACCACACCAAGGGCAACAACAACAACAAGGGCGAGGACUUUCUAAACGAGGUCGCCACCAUCGGCAAGAUUCGCCACGUCAACGUCGUCCGCCUCGUCGGGUACUGCGCAGACGGGUACCAGCGCGCAUUGGUGUACGAGUAUUUGGAAAACGACUCGCUCGAGAAGUACAUCUCGUCAGGGAACCAGGGCCGCACGCUCGGAUGGGAAAAGAUGCUUCAGAUCGCCAUUGGUAUAGCCAAGGGCAUCGACUACCUCCACCAGGGGUGUAAUCAGAGAAUACUCCACUUUGACAUCAAGCCUCACAACAUUUUGCUGGACCACAAUCUAAACCCUAAGGUGGCCGAUUUCGGGCUCGCGAAGCUGUGUUCCAAGGAGCAGAGCAUAGUGACCAUGACGGCUGCAAGGGGCACUGUGGGGUACAUAGCGCCCGAGGUUUUCUCGAGGAACUUUGGGCGGGUGUCGUACAAAUCGGAUAUCUAUAGCUUUGGGAUGUUGUUGCUCGACAUGGUCGGAGGAAGGAGGAGUUUUGGCGGUGAGGCCCACAGGGGUAGCAGUAGUAGCAAUAGCAGUAGCAGUAGCGAGAUUUAUUUCCCAGAGUGGAUGUACAAGCAGUUGGAGAAGGGGGAGGAUAUAGCGAUCGAGAUCGACAAGGUGGAGGAGAGCAGUGUAGUGAGGAGACUGAUAAUCGUGGGGCUUUGGUGCAUACAGUGGUACCCGGCAGAUCGGCCGUCGACCAAAGUCGUGAUUCGGAUGUUGGAGGGGGAGAGCAUGCCGAUCAUGCCACCGAAUCCCUUUGCCCCGUCCAAGUCGAGUCCUGUUUCGGGUUCGAGCAGGAGCUCGUUCGCCACUGCCAAGACGAGUUUCGUGAGCGCUACUCAGUGA